GUGGAUUGGAUCGGUGGCUGCUUGUGUAGCUUUCAUGUCUGUCUCUGUAUCUGUGAGGUUCAGUUGCUCGUCGGUUGUUCGGUGGGAUACUGUCGUCGCCCCAUGGAAUCGGUGGCAGGAGGAACAUAGACCAAUAUUAGCACGGGCUGGUUGGCACCAUGGCUGUCGAAUAGAUCAGCCGAUUCGAAAUAAGCACAAGACUACUAGCAGCAGCUUUAUUGCAUUCUGUGCGAAAGCCGAUAUUAAAAAAAAAUAGCGAAGCUUAAAGACGCAACACCUGUAGCAUUGCGCCCCAGUCAUCCCCUCGGCCUCAGCUUCCGGCAAACCGCUCGCCGCCUCAUAGCUCCUCCAAUUAACCCGUGUCCAUAUAUUGUGCCGUUUCCAGUUAACCCUCCGGCUCCUUACCUCCCGACUCUCCACCUCAGCCCUCCCGAAACCUCCAUACUCUCUCCAACUAGCCGCGGCUGCUCUUAGCGCGGACGUGGCGCCGUAGCAGCGCGCCUCUGGUGCGACGGAGUUUAUUAUGGUCGAUCACCCGUCCGUGAAUAUCCAUCUGCAGGCUUCUCCUCCUACCUUCCUCACUCACCGCCACCACCACCCCGCAGAACGCUCGCCACUUGCGGAACUCCCCGCGUACGAAAAGUUACCAGCGUGUGCGAAACCGUGUGAAAGAGAGACCUCGAAAAGCGCGUACUUUAUGACAUGUCGGCAGAGCCCCGGGCCGAUGACGAAAUCUCCUGACGGCCUUACGCCGCUGUUAUCGUGCCCCGAGAGCCCAGUAACGCCCGACUGUAAACGGCACGCGAGGAAGCUACAAUCGGGGAAAGCGCGGGGGGUGCUGACGCCGAGCUCGAUACCGGAGGCGAGUAAAUGGUUCUCGAAGAAAUGGCAAGAAGGGAGGCGCGUCGCGCUGUUGAGUUUCCGCGCGUCCGUGUUUCUCAUCGUCAUCGGCUUCACCAUGGUCGCCUUUUCCUUCAACGCCAUCCCGUCCCUACAUGAGAAGGUCAGCUUACAUCCAACAAGCUCCAUCGAGGAACGAAGUGGGCCUAGAUCGUUUUUCCGGACCGAUUUCGCGAGGGCGAUAUUCGCCGAGUCGGGUUACAGCAUUGGAUUGGACGGAGGCGAUGCAGCAGAUUCGCAAUCUGGCCCUUGCUCAACAUCGGGAUCUGACGCAGGCUCGGCAGGUUCUAGUUCGGAAGGCUCAGGCGCGGAAGGUUCAGGUUCGGCAGAGCUAGAGCCGCAGGAAGUCUCGUCCGGAGUACAAAUAUUGUUGACGCGCAGGGGAGCGGAAGUCACGGCGGAAAUUCCGGCGCGAGUGAUGCUGGAGGUUGAGGGGAGGGAGGCGGUGAGACUAGCGGAGGGGGAACGAGGCGACUACAGUGAAACACAGGGGGAGGGGGAGGGGGAGGCAGAAGAGGCGGGGAGGCGGGAGUGGCGGAAGCGGGGGAAGAUGCUGAGAAGGGGAACGGGGAUUACAGCGAGUCUGAGGGAAAGGGAGAUACAGAGGAGCAAACCGUAUCGGAGCAAGCAGUAUCGGAUCAAAACCGCUUCCGCUUCUCCUGCGGUGGCUUCCGUGCGGUCGUCGUCCUCGGCCUUCCCCUCCCCCGCGACGUUCAUUCCGCUUCCGCCCGUGGUGGGGGGGGACGCGCACCCUUCCCCCGCGCCCGUGAAGGAGCAGUUUCUGUGGCGCAACCCGCGCAGCCACGGCUACGCCAAGUGCAACGCGGAGGGCAAAAAGAACGCCGCACGCAAAGGUGGUCGCAAGGGCAGUCGCGGACCUCUCCACAGUCGCCUGCGCGGUCGCCCGGCGAAGUCCGCCGUGGAGCACGCGGCGCGCGCAAUGGCCAUGGCGGAGUGGGAGCGCAAGGUGCAAGACCCCGUGCGGAGAAAGCGCGUGCUUAUAUUGAUGAGUGACACUGGCGGGGGCCAUCGCGCGAGCGCGGAGGCUCUGAAAUCGACGUUCGAGAUGGAGUUCGGCGACAAGUACGAAGUCAACGUGGUGGACAUGUGGACGGAUCACACGCCAUGGCCGUUCAACCAACUCCCGAAGAGCUACAAUUUCUUGGUGCGACACGAGACCCUCUGGAAGAUGACCUACUACGCGACGAAGCCGAAAUUCGUGCAUCAGCCCCAGAUGGCGGCGACUUUCGCGUUCGUCGCGCGAACCGUGUCGAAGGGGUUGGAUAAAUACAAGCCGGAUGUGAUUGUAAGCGUGCACCCGCUGAUGCAGCACAUCCCGCUGCGUGUGCUUAAAUCGAGGGGGCUUCUACACCGCAUCCCGUUCAUCACUGUAGUUACGGAUCUCACCACCUGCCAUCCCACGUGGUUCAGCCGACAAGUGAGCGUUUGUUUCUGCCCGACGAAAGAGGUCGCACAACAGGCACUUAAAGCCGGACUCCAACCCUCGCAAAUCCGCGUGCAUGGACUCCCUAUUCGCCCUGCCUUCGCCAAGCCUUCCGGACCUCAAGCCGAGGUUCGGCAAGGGCUAGGCAUGGAUCCGGACCUGCCAGCGGUGCUGCUGAUUGGCGGAGGGGAAGGCAUGGGCCCUGUGGAGGUGACCGCAAGAGCUCUGGCGACAACACUGGCGCCGGAAACGCCAGGGGGGCAGAGCGAAAGGGCAGCUGAUAAUUAUCUGUGGGCGGAAUAAGCAGCUGCAGGCGACAUUGGAAGCGAUGACGUGGCCCAUGCCUACGCAGAUCAAGGGCGUGGUUACCAACAUUCCUGAAGUUAUGGCGGCUUCUGACUGCAUUAUCACCAAGGCUGGUCCAGGAACCAUAGCAGAGUCAAUGAUCAAAGGCCUUCCCAUGAUCUUGAACGGCUUCAUCGCAGGCCAGGAAGCAGGCAAUGUUCCGUUUGUUGUAAAGAACGGAGCUGGGUUGUUCGAGGAGAAUCCCCAAAAGAUUGCCCGGAUAGUGGCCGAUUGGUUUGGACCCAAGGUCGAUCAAUUCAAGCGGAUGGCAACCAACGCUCACCGAUUAGCCCGACCCGACGCAGUGUUCCGGAUUGUUCGCGACCUCGACCAACUAGCAAACCGACCUCACACCCUUGAUAAUGUCACAUUUGCCUACUCUUGAGCCCCAUCGUGGUGGUGUCUCAGUUGGAGCCAUAGGGGAAAUUUGUUCUUCCUUAGGAGGGGAGUUUCUUGGGUUUCCACCUUAGGUGUGGCCGUGCUAUGCUAACCAUAGAAUGCCUCGGAGCAGAAGCUGCGAGGGUUUGUAAGAAAUUAGUAGCCGCAUGGUGGGGAGAGCGUAGCAUGGUGCUACCGUAGGAGCUCCACCAUGCUAGAGUCUUUCCAGGUUCGUUAAUUCCAUCUGAUUCAUCAUUCCACUACAUUGUGAUCAUGCACAUUUCUCAAAAUAUCU